CCAGGUGUGCACUAUUUAGAGAAGACUGGACCGAGAUGAGCGUUGUGACGAGAGAUUCGUGUGCUAGAAUACACCCAGCUCUGCUCCCCUUUCUCGAGCAGUGUCUCACUAACAAGGAGCUGAACGCACAGGGUGGAAUUUCUAGAGAUCAAGAGACCGAAGUCUAGCGGUCCUCUGGAUCCUGACGACAGUGGAGACUGUGACAGGUUCAUACUCGGGAUCCCAUACUGUGGAGUGGAACUGGACUGGGAAGUUAUUUUUGACCGCACCCACCCUGGAUUCCCUCCGGACAUCGUAUUCAGCUCAGAAGAUGACAUCAUAGAAUUUGAACCCAACAUCGAUCAACUGGAGGUGUUUUCAGAGUGGAGCGUGAGAAACGGAGAGUGUCUGAGUCGGCUGCUGGGAGGUCUGCUGGUCCAGUACAGAGAGCACCACAAGGCCCUCCUCUCACAGUCACACAGACUGCACUUUGAACUCCAGAGUCUCCUGCAGAGUAGCAAGUACGCUGACGUCGACGUCCACUGCUCCAAACCGGAGGAGAAUGUGACUGAACCUCUAGCGAGAUUCUUCAUCCGUCUGCCUGUGGAUUUCUCUGCUAUUCCUCCUUACCUCACCAAGGAUAACCCGGGCCCCGACACUGCAGCCCUCCUGGUAACAUUCCAUCCUCCGAACGCCUCAAAAGUCGUGCCUCAUCUUGUGCUCUCUCCUAGAGUUGAAAGGUCAGCAACUCGCAAGUGGUAGGGGGAGUGGGGUCCCUCCGAUUGCCCCCCUGGGGAGGGGGCCACGGGGCGUGUCUCAUGGACUACGUCCCCCUCGUCCACAAGCUGCUGAACGAGAGGGUGGACUACAUCAUCCAGAGCUACGUACGGAGGAAAGAGUACGUGGCCGCACUGCUCAGCAUGAUGGGGCGCUCUGUGGUCGAAUACGACACGGAGGGAUUCAAGAAGGUGGCUUUUCUUUUUGAACAGCAAGGAUUUGCCUUCGUUGCUCUCUUGGAGUUGACGGACGAGUUCCCAAAGGGGCAGCCCGGCCUGGUUCUCCGCUCAGUGUACCACUGUAUGGACGGGCUCCCGUGUCAGAGCGUGGUGACAGACUACCCCUACAGUCCUCGCUGGGGCUCAGAGGAGAUGGCCGAACGACUCAGGUCAGCCAGCACUCACUGGCUUAACUCUCACUCUACUGUGUCUUGUAGCCGUGAGCUCUCACACUCAUGGGAUACGUCACACAGUCAAUUAGUACCUUGCGUAUGUGAACGCAUCAAGAAGACGCCAAAAAUAGACUUGUUGGUGUUUCAUGGGUGCAAAAGGUUCCAUUUCUACUUGAUGUGUCCACAGAAAAUGAAUGUUUGCUGUAUUAUAAUUCAGAGGACUUUCCAAACAGAAAGGAGAGUUUCUAUAGCAUAGGCAAAAACUUUAUAACACCUUUGUUACUCAGUUUUUUUGGUCUCAUACGGUUUGCCUUUUAUACACAUUGAAUGUUGAUUACAGUGAAAUCCCUCUGUAUGAAGG